AUGCGAAUAGCGUUGGCUAAUUGGCGGGCAAUUAGCCGAGGGCCCUAUAAAUUGUUGCAUCCACUGGGGAUCAUCAAAAACCCUGAAAUGGAGCAGUGGAUCGGCUGGAGUAUUGGCUUGUUGUGCAUCCUGCAACUCCUGCAAGGAAUUCGGAGCACCAACUACGAGGUAAUCGGCGAUGAGAAGACCCUGAAUGUCCAGUGUGAUGCCCAAGACGCCCAGGGAGACACAUCGAUCCGGGAUAUCUUGGAUAUUAGUGGCCUGACCUUCGACGUGGCCGACGACCUGGAAACUCUGCACUUUAAUGGGGACAUCAAGGUGUUGGUGGCAGUGCCAAGUGGUCCCAUUGCCAUGCAGGUCGAUGUGUUUCGCUGGCAACGGAGCCAAUGGCUACCAACUCCUCUUUCCCUAAAACGAGACAGCUUGUGCAAGUCCUUGAGAAAUCCCGUUGAGAUCUGGUUUCCCAUCUUUAGACAAGUGCCCCGCGCUGAGUUGAUAUGUCCGCCCAAAAAAGGGCACAUUUACACCCUGAGGAACGUGACCAACCAUGCGUUUGUGAAUAAUAUGCCCCAUGUGGACAUUGCCGGGGACUUGAAGGCCGUGGUCCGCUGGAGCGCCGGUGAUCUAAAGACCUGUGCCGUGUUCUUCUUCAAGGUCUACGCCAAGUGAGGGGGAGGGGGGCAGGGUGUAGGUGUAGGUGUAGGGAGCGGACCCUGACACUGGACAAGGAGAUCUUGAAGAAUUCCCGCUGUUUGCCUAGUUUAUAGUACGCGGCUGCUCUGCUUUUAUGACCUGAUUUGGUAGUGUUUGCUCGGCUUCAAUGGCGCGUCCCACCGUUUAUGC